ACUAGCUGUCAGGCCGAACGUUGUUGCUUUUGCGAAACAAAAAGUUGAGUGGUUGGAGUGGCUUUUUCGCUGCUCGCCUUUCAACGCAAGGUGGGGGGGAAAUGCAUUGAAUGGGGGCGUGUUUACUGGGAAGCUUGCCGGCAAGAACAACGAUGUCGUAGAGAACCGCGAAGUUCGCACCUUUUCUCCUCGGCAUCUCUCGCAUCACCUAGGGGAGAGCAAUGUGGUGCAAGGAAUGGGGCCGCUGAGCCGUGCGGUGCGGCGGUCCCUGUCUGGUGGCAGGGGUCUUGCCAAGGCUCUGGCUCUGCUCUUUGUCAUUACGAUCGUCUGGCUUCAAGCACGGCUCACAGGGUUAACGGGGGACUCGAUGCCCUUCCUCUUCGAGGACAUUGCGCCGCCGCCCAAUGUAUCUUGGGUGCUCCACAACGCCACGUCGGACACCCUGCGUGCUCUCAGGGCAUACGUGGAUCAAGUCAAUGGGCUUCAGACUGUACACAACUUUGAUACCUAUGGACCCCUUGGUCCAAACGACCCAGUGAUCGUAGUGCAGGUGCACAAUCGAUGGCACUACCUGUUCUCCCUCCUGAGCUCCCUAAAGACUGCCCCAGGCAUCAACCGAACCCUUCUAGUCCUCAGCCAUGACGAGUACAGUCCAGUCAUUGAAACCCUCGCUACACGCGUUACGUUUUGUAAGAUGAUGCAGAUUUUCUUUCCUCAUGCAAUCCAACUUCACCCGAACCUGUUUCCUGGUCAAGAUCCCAAAGACUGCCCUCGAAACAUUAAAAAAGAAGACGCAAUACGUAUAGCGUGCAACAAUGCAAACUACCCCGACAACUUUGGGCAUUAUCGAGAGGCAAAAUUUUCUCAGACGAAACAUCACUGGUGGUGGAAGAUGAACCAAAUUAUGGAUGGCCUGAAUAUCACCCGCAAUCAUCAGGGCCCUUUUAUUCUCCUCGAAGAAGACCAUUACGUUGUUCCAGACUUUUUACACGUCUUGCGACUUAUGGAAGAAAGCCGGGACAGGUGCAAAGGCUGUACAAUGGUAGUACUAGGAACCUACUUAAAAUCUUACAACUACCGGAACACUGGUGAUCAGGCAGAAAUACUUAGGUGGGCUUCAAGCAAGCACAACAUGGGAAUGGUGAUGUACAGGGACCUCUGGACACACAUAAAGCGUAACUGCUCGACCGUAUUCUGCCGCUUCGACGAUUACAACUGGGAUUGGUCCCUGUACCGUGUGAGCAUGGCUUGCCUGUCCGCCCCCAUUCAAGUGAUGGUCAUCAAGUCACCCAGAAUCUUUCAUAUCGGAGAAUGCGGUGUCCACCACAAAGGCAAGGACUGCUCGAGCCAGCGAAUGGUAGAGCAGGCACGACGCGUAAUCUCGUCUGCCCACUCGUACCUAUUCCCGUCCAAGUUGGUUGUGAAAGCCGGCUCCCAGCGGACUGUAAAACCUCCUAAAGGCAAUGGCGGAUGGGGUGACAUCCGUGAUCACCAGCUCUGCCUCAACAGCACGCAGAUUGGUGUCAGGUAAUCAUACGGUAACGGCGAAUGUGCCGUGUACGUCGAGCGCCGAAUUCUUGUCUGUGUCGUCGAACACUAUAUAGGAAUUAAAAAUGCAACAUGUAGCCUAAAACCAGCUCAGAGGGGUGACAAGAAUCAAGAUAGCCUUGCCCUUAGCAGCAUUGUGGACACUAGUCAGAUAUAAUGCCAUUUCCUAAUUCCGUGUGGUUUGUUUCUUGUCCCAGUCGGGUCAUGUUUUUGUAAAGUGCCAGCCAAAAAAAGUGUGACACGUACGAUCUUGCAGUGUUUGCAUUGUUUUUAUGCUACCGAGCAGUUUCAAGUGCUUUGACAAAAGACGACUUCUGGUUUGCAUCAUAGCUGCGGCAUUUAGAGGUGCACGUGCGAUUUGGAAUUGUAAGCGCAGGUAACGUCCCUCAGGUCACUCAAAAUUUCACCUCUAGUCUCAUUUUUAGUUUUAAAGGACAGCUCCGGCCAAAUGCAAUGUCAAAAAUUGGACAUUGCACUUUGUUUUUUGAAAACAGAACCGAAAAGGGCUUAAAACAGCAUUUUGUGAUCUCUGCUCAGGAAUAGAACACACCGCACUUGCUGAACGAUAUCUGCUCUAAACAUAAAGUAUUGAAAAUGGAAUUAUGGUGUUAUCAGCGGUUAGGAGUAUUUAUCAGAAUUCAUAAUCGGUAAUUAUUAGUUGUCACCACAUGCGGUGUUCCUACUGAUGCAGCAGUUCUAUAUUAGUACGAUGCCGUAUCUUUAGCUACCCUUGUGUUUCUGUACCAUACCUCUAUGUACAUGUUCGGAGGAACAGAUAUUUUUGGUUAGUGUCACAAACAAACCUAAUAAUGAAAAAAAAAAAAAACUCUCUCAUUCACUCGAUUCUGAGAAAUAGUGGUAAAGGUUCAGACUGCACGACACAAACAACACACCUGCGAAAAGGCAGUUGGCAAAGAAAAAUCGUAGAGCUUCGAAUGGUUGUGCAGUCCCCCACAUGCAUGGUUACAGAACAGUGUGUCAGCACGCGUGUAAAAACCGGUACAAUCAAUCAAUGUGCACGUGUGCUGCACAGCGGUGGCAUCUCGUGCCACCUGGAAUCCGAGCAACACUGGUUUUGUGGCUGUUCACUCUUAAGUUAGCAGAAGUUCUUUAUAGGCAGCGCUUGCUCAAUAUUUUUGCAGGUACAUGUAUAUAAAAUAACUGUAAUAACUGUUGCAGUCACACUGUAAGUGACCACUUGCCUUUUGGCAGGGGUUGUCCUUUAUUGAGACGGCAUGAUUAUGGCUCCCAGGUUUGCUGCAGCAGCAGCAUUUCAGUCAGUGUGCGAUGAUGUGGUACCACGCAUAUGCUACGAAACGAUAUUUUUUUACAAUGUGUGCACAUGCUUCUUCGACACUUUUGAGGUGUGUCAGUGUAACAUGUACAUAGCAAUCUCGAAACGAUUAGUCACGCGGCCUCGAGGAUGAAUGUUUUUAGUCAUUUUAUUAUCAUAGUGCUUUUCAGUUGCUCAAAACCAUUUUGUAUUUUUGGACCGGGGGUUCCAAAAUGGCAUUACUGCAGAAAAGUUCCUUCGUAUUUUCGGACAUUUCCUACUUCAAUUAUCCAUUUUACGUUGUGUGUACGAGCAGUUGCCGUUAUUUGCGCUCUUGCUCGGUACUUACUACAGGUUUUCCCAGUCAUUUUAAUCCAAGUGCCAUCGAAAUUAAUCCACGUGCCAUGCAAACUUUAUGGGGCAUGGAUUAAUUUAGCUGGCACUUGGAUUAAAAUCGCCAGGAAAACCUGCAGAUAACUGUUCUAGAGUUUGCUUGUUUAUUAAUUUGCUGCUUAAAGCAUAACACUAUAAGCUUUUCAUUUUGUUAUAUAUUGUAUCGUUAUACGUACAUGUGCUCAUAACCGCAAUGUUUUUUUAAGCCCUAGUAAGCCUAGUAAGCCUUAGUUUGCCUUGCUAUUCAGGAACAAUAUGCAGUCUACCCUCGAUACGUGAACAGCUAAAUUUCUCAGGGAUUUCUCAAAGAAUUCGUAUAACGGGGCUUUGAAUUAACAGAAGGGUGAAGGGAGAUCUCUAUAAGACUCGAUAAACACCCCACCUAGUACAGAAAAUACAUAAAGCAUCUUACAUAGGAUGAACAUUAAUACAUUGUCGCUUGAUUGCACAUAAUUUUUCUGUCUUUGUUUCUUUCUCUCUCGUUGAUGUUACCCUCGACGUUCUGCUUUACAACCUGGAAGUGGUUGCAAAGCAGUGACCAGUUACUCUUUACAGCAGCAUCUCCAGCACCAGUAGCCGCCACUGCUGUUAUCGUUGCUGUAAAAGUUGACUUUCCAGUGACUAGUAUCAAUGAGUGGAAACCAGCCUGCCCAAAGUUGCUUCUGCAAGUACCUUGUUUAUCCCUUGCCAACCACUUUCACUUUGCCCUUCCUGAAGCGGGCAUUACACCAAAGUCCAGUAGGACAGUUGCCUGCUCGUUUUUGCCCAAGAAACUCUUGUCGCCUUUCCUGCUGCGUGGACACCCGGUUCUUUGUUGACCGACCAGGUUCGUUUCUUCAAAAUGGGCUUCGUUUGAGGGUUCAUGAGAUGAGGAGCGCAUAUAAGGGAAAUAACUUCUCCCUUUCGUAAAACGAGGGACUUUGUAAACAAAAGCUUCACAAGUCGAGGGACGGCUGCAUAUAUAAAGGUGCCAUAAGUGGUUUUUCGACAUAUCUAUUGUCCUAGCUUUUGUGAGAGUUGAAUCUGUUCUGUUACAGUAGGAAUUUUUUUGUAGGAAUGUAAUAAGAACGCAGCGUUUUUUUGUGUACGAUAUUUACAGUGACAAAGAAUGUAAGAUACGGUUGCCAUGUGAUGAACAGAACUUAUGUGUAUGUCGCAUACUUAAAUACAGUCGACCCUCGUUUAUCCGGACGGCUCCGUUUCCUGUGAAAAUGUCCGUAUAGCGGGGGAUCCAGAUAAGUGAAACAUGAAAAUCCAGAGUGAUCCUAAAAGGACAUCUUUAUUGACCAUUACACAGACAACUAUCCAUUGUCAUCUGUUUCAUUCUAAUACACGCAUCCAGUUCUUGCAAACCUUUGCUAAGGGCAUUAACUUGGGAAAAAUUGUUCUGUUGCUCUAGCGCUGUUAAAAUAAAAAUACUAGCGCUGUUCUCAGUGCUGCCCGCGCAUUUUCUACCGUCAUAGCUGGUGCAUCCCUGCUUUCAUCAUCAGAUUCUUGUUGAACACUAUCGGAAGCGACGACACUGACGAUGUUGUCCUCUGUGAUUGCAGUGCAGGGGUCCUCAUUGCGGAGCUUCUCAGUCAGAAAUGACCAGGCUGCUCAGUGGAUUACUUUUGUGUAACCAGCAAAGUGGGAAAGGGAGAAAAUUCUUCCUAGCAACACCCUCUUUGUGUCAGUAAAAAGGAGGUCACGACCAGGGUUCUCGACCUCGCUUGACUAGGUGUUUGGGCCAAGUGUCCUUCCUGGACAAUGACCGGAUAACUGAAGCCGAUUGUUCGGUAUUAGUCACUUCUGUUCCCUGGAAUUCUCGUCCGAGUCCGGAAGCUGAAGUCUGGAUAAACGAGGGCGAAAUACAGGGGGAGAAAUCCGUCCCCAUGCUUUUUUGUCCGGAUAGCGCAGGAUCCAGAUAAAUGGAGUCCGGAUAAACGCGGGUCGACUGUAAUAGUAUUAAAUGGGCAAUGACAGCAAAGUGUUUACUUUAGCUGCCAUAUUUGUCGUCUGCAGUUGAGCCAUACAGUUGUUUCGUUCUGUAAACUUUUUUGUUUGGUUUUUAUUUUAUUAUUUUUACCGAAUUAAGAGUGAUAAUGCUAGAUUUUUUUAAAAACAUCUAGCACUUCUGUGUUGAAUUGUACCAAAGGUUUAUCAGUGAUAAUAAGGUGAUUGUGUGAAGUUUUUGCAAAUAAAUUAUGGAAAUUUCUCAGGCAGAAAUUUCCUGACACAAAAUGA